AUGGCAUCCAGCCGGGCAAGCCAGGACGGCGCAAGCCAGGACGGCGCAAACCCCGACGCGGAGCCAGGGAUGCCCUGGAUCGACCACUUGACGCCAGAAGUAGCAGAUGAGCCCACCACCGAAAUGAGGAUCGAUCCGGCGCUUCCGACACACUGCAAUCUCGAGGACGAGCUCAUCGCGCCGGCCCACUGGACGCCCGAGCAGAACUAUGGCCAAGAUGGAUCAACGCAGGACUUUGGGCACGUUUUGCGCCAGCUGGGCAUCGGCGUGUCAUCAAACUUCUGGGACAUGGAGCGGCCCAUGCUGCCCAGCCUCACCGAUCUCGGUGCCGCGCCUAUCCCCGUGCCCGGGCACGCUCCCUUAAGCGGCGCCACGGACCGUGUCUUGCAAGCGCAUUCCCCAGUCGGGGUUGCCAGAUACUUUGCUUCUCCUCCUCGAUCGACGACCAAUUCUGCGAAUGGAAGGGUUUCGAGUCUGGAGUUGCUAACGAAGAGGGAUGCCGAUGGAGAGAACGUGAGGCGAUCCGUGCCGGCCGGCGUGUUCAUACGGAAGGAUGAAACAGUCGCCAACUACAUCGGUCUUAACUCGGUAGGCGCUACUCUAGCUCUCUGCCUAAAAGAUGGCAUUGAGAGUCAAAAGGCACCCAUCAGUGCGACCUACUUUCGAAACCUCAACGAUUUCUAUCCGAUCGUCGACGAAGAAUCCUACCGAACCAAUGUCGAAACCCUGUACGGGCCUAGCCGACAUAUGCUUGGCAUCCUCGACUAUUCCAUCUUCCUCUUGGUAGUGUCCAUUGGCCGGCUGAGCAUGAGGCACGGGUCCAACAAGUCUGACGCUGGCAACGACAACGAAAACGAAAACGAUAACCUCGCGGAAACUACCUACGAAAAGGCGUGGUCUAUGAUUCAUGACUCUAUAGCGACACCUUGCGAGGGCUCUUUACAGAUUCUUUUGUUACAUGUGGCACGUAAUUUGUAUUUCGGUAGAUGCGGGAUGGCGUGGGUCUUCUGCGGACUUGCUCUGCGCAUCGCCAUGUCACUAGUGGUGCUGGGGACCUCCAAGGCGAAAGGCUUCCAAACCACAAACUACAUGGCAGCCAUGGCCGUCCUAUACCGGAACAUCUGUAGGAACCCGCUACACUUGGCUGCUCGAGCGGACCUAGAGCACCUACGCGCGUGUAAGCUGCACCUUGAGCGCGAUACCCCUCACAACGUUACGGGACCUUCGUUGAAGGCUCUGUUUGACUAUAUGGUCACUUCUGCACAUGAUCUGGUAUGGAAGCCUAGCUCUAGCGCUCCGGAAAGAGUAUGA